AUGGCUGCGCUGAGACAGCUGCGGCUAAUAGAGAAGAUGGAGGCGCUGCUCUGCCCGACGAUGGGCGCUGUGUCACAGCCCGUGGUCAUCGCCCGUAGCCGAGGCAUCUCCCUCCUGGACUGGUCCUCUGCAGGCGGAGGUUGUGCGGACGAGGUCGGGCGACUCUUUGCCGGUGCUGGGCUCUCACCGAUCGCCUUCAGCAACUCCUCUUCGCAAUUCAGCGUUUCGUCUGAGACCAUGCUCCUCAGCCCUCAUGGUGCUCUGCCGGAUCCGACGGUGCAGAUCGUUUCAGUGGCCUGCGGCAAGGACCACCUCCUCAUCCUGGACAGCGCUGGCCGGCCCUGGGCCCUUGGCGAUCCCUGCGCGGCAGGAGCCUCUCGGCCCUCGCAACUGUCUCUGUGA